CUACUAUGCGGUGGCGCGCCACUCAGCCCUUUCUAGUGCCGCAUUAGGCAUCGAGCGAGAUACUAUAUCAGAUAGGACUUCGCCAAAUUACAGUGGGGACUUGCUACUAACCCCCUUGGGUGGUAGCCCCGGUGACCAACGGAGCACCGACAAUGACCAGCAACCCCAGGCGACACCACCUCUUUUUGAACCUCAUCUCACUGCCAACCUCCUGCUUCAUCUCAGUUAGCGCCAAACCAACCAUGGGCAAUGAAGGCCAAUCGCAGUAAGCCCCAUGGUUCGGCGGCUUGGCCAGUGUGUUUUGGCUCCAAAGUGGCAUAAAAAAAGACAGUUGGAGUCUGAUCACAAAGACCACAGCAGAAUAACUGAUUAACGUACUAACGGAACAGCUGAAACUGCUCGUAAUUGUUCGCGUAAGUUCGUGCUACUGACCUGGAGCAGCUCAGCACAGCUGGUAUAAAAAUUUACGCCAACCUCAAGAACCUCAAUUUACGUAGGUCCCGAUUUACGCUGCUCGAUUUACUGAUGCCUAUAUAGGUUUAGUAAACAAAAGUGUUACUAGCAGCUACUUAGAAAUUUCUCGUCAAAUCGUAUUUCUCCAUGGGGCGUAUAUUUGGUGCUGGAAGUCUCUGCAGCCACUGUGGAAUACUCAUUCCACUUCGGUGCACUUCCCAUCAAUGAAGUACACUCAGCUAAUAUGAAGCCACGACCAAUUUCAGCACAGCUGGUUGAUCUUCAUGUGUACGUUAUUCCUGAGGAAGAUUGGAUCAGCCAUAGAAAACUGGCCACCAAUGCAGCGGUUGUCAGCGACGCGGUAUCGGCGGGUUUUAUCAGAGUCUUACCGGCCAUGCGGUUGGACGAGGUGCGCGAGGAGAUCCACGACCAACUGGGACUUGACAAUGUACCUAUCACGUUUAUCUUCCUCAGAAGCGUUGGUCGAAACUUUACCCAGGUAGUCAAGCCACAUCAGGAGGGGGAGCUAAAAGUCAAAUAUUUUUGUCCGCCAUUCGCUGCGGAACCCGAGCUGUACCUUAAGUCCGGGGACUAUCAAGAAGGAGAUAGUCUUGCCCAAUUGGACUUUGACGCUGCGGUCGCGACAUCGACACCGUUGGCAAUAAACAGUGGAAAUAAUUCUGCCGCGGACGAAUCUCAGGAAUCCCCAUCUCCACCCGGAAGUGGCGAGGAACCGAAGGUUGUCAAAGGAGGAAAUCGCGGCGGUGGCGGUGACAGCAGUGAACAAAAUUCUCUGGCCGGAAAAGAGAAGGAAACAUCCUCUUCUCAAAAUCGACUGUUGCCUAAAAGAAACAGCACUGCGCACGGAAGCAACAACGACGAUAACCAAAAAGAUAACGGUAUUCAUACCGACUCUAAUGGAGCUAACGAAAUCAGACCGAGAAGCGGUAUUCGUCCGGUCGAGAUUGAAACCAACAGUGACGCAGAGAAACAAAGUCAUUCAGACAACCGUAAUAGUAACAAAAGCGGUGCCGGUGAUGGCAAUAGUAAUCAACAGCGUAGGGAGUCGUUGUUAACUAACUCGACAAUAUCAUCAUACUCGAAGGAGGGCGGCGAUAAAUUUGGCGCAAUUGCCACCGCUGAUAGAAAUCUCGUCGGCAGCAAAAGUAUAAUCUCGUCGAAAAAAAUCGAAAAAGGAGAAAUUGGAAAAGGGAAAAGGGCGAUAAACGGGCACAUUGUGUCCCAAGCGGGACACAGGGCAGUCGGGGGGACAAGAUCUUUGCAACAGGCAACACCAGGAGGCAGAAGCAAAAAGACAUGCCAUCAAAACAAACCAUCGGGAGGUAACCAGCCCUCUAACAACCAGGAUUACAAGACAGGGCGCCUGUUACCUUCGGACGAGGAACAAGAAACGGACACUUUUCGCGAAGCGUUUGACGAUGUGCACGAAACGAGCGUGGUCGAUCUUCGCACAGCCGCGGGCUUUUUGAACCGCAGCGCGCCCGACCUUUACGCAAGUGGUGAUAGUUGCAUAUAUCUUAGUAAUAAACCCAACAAUACUGCAAACAGUCUCCUUGUCGGGCAAAGUCAUUACGGCCACUCGCUUCAUGAUCUCAAUGGUCAAAGUGUUGCAAGCCACUCACAGCGACGCAGUAAGUACCUCGAAUAUGGCAACGGGGAAGGGCACGUACUUCGUACAACACCAAAUGACGGAGGUAAGUCUAGCACUAGACAAAUGGUCAUCAUUAAGCGGAGCUCGCGGCAAAUUCGCCAUACGUCAAGCGCGGUUGUAAAAGCGACAAAAGUUUCUCUCGUUGAUGAGUCUGGAAAGCUUGAAGACUUACAGUACGAAGGAGAAAAUAUUACUAAGUGUUUUCAACCCGCGCCCAAGUCGUCACCAACGAGUCUGACCCAAAAUCCGAUGUCGCUCUCAAUCGCUGUCUCCGUGAAGGAAAUCGGAGACAUUACCACGCAAACCAAUGGCGCUGGUGAGGAUGGGUCAGAAACGAAACUCGCCGGAGCCGCUGCGGGAGAAGAUAUUAUUAUAUCGCACAAGGCUGCCAUGAUCGGUUCAGGCCAUAGCGACGAAGUACAACCAAAUGAAAUUUCUGCCACAAAUCACAUAGAAGAAAAUGGUUCUGCAUUACAAAACAACGAGCAAGACGAUCCUGGGGUAGUAAAUAGUAUUAUAGAACUAGCGAACGGCAGCAACGUAGACGAGGCAGAUGGACAUGUCAGCGCGUGCAACACCACAUCUGAAGCCGUCGUAGAUACAGAAAGUGACAAAAUAGGUACCAUAGAAAAUGCAGUCUCGGACUUCGUGGAGAAAAUGGUUUCUGCCAUUGCUAAUGCUAUAGACUCGGCCGCCAAUGAAACAGAUAACCAAAAUAACAACGAAAUGGAGCCUGAACGUGUGACAUCUGCUAGUGAGAACUCUAGACAUUUGAACAACGUCGACAAAGAUCAUGACCAGCACGCUUUUGCCGAGGCUUUAGCUACCGUCACUGCAACUGCUGUGUCGACUCCAGUCGACUAUGUAGCAGAGCCACAACCAGCGAACGAAUUUAGAAACGGAGCUAGCGCGGAAAACAGCCAAAUCAUAACAGCAUCAGAAGCACCUGUAGCCAGUGUAUCCUUUUCAGUAAAAGACAGUAAUGCGCCUGCAAAUCUCGGAGAAGAGUCGGCGGUAGAAUCUACUACCGAACAAUCGGACAUUGAUGGCGUCGAACGAGAUACGCCAAGUACCGACCUCGCUGACAAAGGCAACUACGAGAGCGACGUUACGACUCCUGGAGAUCAGAUGGUAGAGGUCAAUAUAGAGACGACGCCGGAGAGCAACCUUGUUGACGACGACACCGAAGACGCCCGCGAAGAGUUUACAGGGGAAUCACGUCCAGAGAUAGAGUCAGAUUUCAUCUCUCCAUUAAGCGCAAUAUCAGAGCGGAGUGGAAGCGCGUUUCAAGUCACAGAAGCUAUAGCAAAUGUUGAGAGCGAACAGAAGAAACCUGAAGAGUUUGAAUACACUGAGCGUCAACGUCAACACCCUGGAGACGUCUACGAUGACAAAAGCGAUGACCAACUCCAUGAGCCCUACGAAGAUCUUGAUGUCGACAACGGCCAACCGGUCGCGUGCACUUCAUCAACACCCGUAGUUCCACCCAGCCCUCCUGUUGUAGCUCAAAGAGGAUCAGUAGUUGGCAGCGCUCAUAGUGCGCCUGCUGCCAGUAGUCGAACAGCCUCUGCUGUAAUUCAUCGCUCGCAGAUGUCCGCGGCAAGUAAAAGAAGUUCCUCAGGAGUAAGCCGAUGGUCACCGACAUUACAAAAAGUGUCCAGGACUAGCUCUGCUGCAGCGCCCCCAAGAACUUCUCGCGCAAAUUCAGCCACCGUGUUUCCUAAAACAUCAUCACGGGCCGCCUCAGCCACAUCCAUCGUUCCCAAGGGGGCUUCGCGGGCCUCAUCAGCAACGAAACAAGGCAGCCGCGGGUCAUCAGGUAUAGCGCGCGGUGAAACGUUUAUCAAGGAGAGCAAAAAGGACGAUGAAGAAGAACAGCAGCAGCAGCUCUCAUUAGGACUUAUCAAAUCGGCAAAAACAAUCAUUGAUGAUAGUGUUAACAACGCUGCUCGGACGCUUAGCGCUUCGGUACACUCUACCAGCUUAUCACACGAAGAUAGUAAGUCGAUCACGACAUCUGAGGACGUCGUCACCGUAGUUGAGGCUUUCCCAGUCGAUGGAAGCGAGUCCAGAUUGUCUGGCGAUACUAUGAUCAUUGAAAAAGGCGAGGCUUGUACCAAAGAAGAAUCUGCAUCAACUGAAAAUGUCGUUCAUCCGACAGACGUCGAGGACGCGGAGGACACCACAACGGAAGAUAUUCCAGAGGACGGACUUUUAUUUGAUAGUCAGGACGGCGAUCAGAUGACCCCAGAUAGCAAAGAGGAGCGAGAAGAAAUAGUUAAAGCUGGUAAUGAUAAUAAAGAAAGUACAGAUCCCGAAGUUCUAGAUUCGAAUUUUGUAAAAGGAGGCGACGUUGCAAAUGACCGCGUAUAUGACAAAGGCGAAGAUGAAGUUAAUGCUGCCGGUAUCUCCGCUGAAGAAACAGCUGCCCCGACGACCCAUCCCGAGCAUCACGAGCCCGCAGCAAUUGCCGGUGCUCCGUCAGAUGACGCCGAGUCGACCGGGCUUCGUACCCCCGAUUCAAAAACCACUACUCUGGAUGACUCGAUGUCGCUGCCUAACGACUCAGGUCACGCCACCGAGGAGGACCGCGGUAGCUCUCCUGAUUUUCGAAGGAGCGAUAUAGGUGACGCCGUUGCCGUCGUACCAAUCUUGCACAGCGAUACAGUCCCAAGCAAAAAAUCCACUCGAAGCGUGAAACGCGGAGCUAAACCGUCUACUGUACUGCCGCCGAAAGCUCCCGCGCCCACACGAACCCGCAAGUCUCCCGCCCGAACCCGCCGAAAUAAGUCGCCCCCACCUCCCGACAAAUACCUCAACCGUCUCAAGCGAUCAAAAUCCGAAAGUGUGGCGCUGCAUAAGCUUGGCAGCAGUGGUAACGGUAUCUGCCGGGUUAACUCGCGCGCCUCAGUCAACAAUGGGGAAGGACGGCUCAGCCGAUUGCAAUCCAAGUCCGUCGCAGAAAUGGAACAGCAACGACAUGAAGAGAUGGAGAAGCUACGUGCUAAAUUGGAUAAUUUACGAGCAGAAAGACGGGAAUGCGAAGCUCAGAAAGAGGAGAUGGUCAGACACGUCAAGGGACUACAGGGAAAACUUAUCCAAGAAAAAGAGACGGUGCACGAUAUGUGGAAAAAAAGGUAUUACGAAGAAAAGAAGAUCACUCCAAAGUUGGAAGAGGAAAGCGCAAAACUUCGGCAGGAGCUUGAGAGGAUUCACAGGGACCUUAUUACAAGGGUCGAAGGUCGGGAUGCAAAUGAUGCUCGCUCGUCAUAUACAAGACUCGAGGAACCGUCAAAUAAGCUUUCUUAUAAAAUUAUGAUCUCGGGCCUCUUGCAAGAAAUUGAAGAUCUCAAAAGAAGACUAGAAUCAACGAAGCUACGAUUAUCUGCUGAAGCUAAGCUUCGCGCCAUGGCUGAGAAGGACGUCCGUACCCUGCGAGAGGAUCUCAUACAAAAGAAAAUUCAAGUAACCCUGACACGAAAGGAGACAGAUUCAGUCAUUGCACCGUUCUACAGGGACACAAUUUAUUCUCUUCAUCCAAUGAUAUAAUCCCAAAGCUUUAACACUGACUGACCGAAUUUCCUUCAGCCAUAUCACAUCGCGUAAUAAGUCACCGUCAUGCAAGACAGUACACAACAGUUACAGUAGAAACGUCAGAAAUGCUUCAAUGUAAUAAUUUCCUCAGAUUGCCUUUACACAAUAUUUCCAUAUAGCAUGAAAUUGGGGUAAACAGGUGGAAUAAUUAUCCCCAAAAUAUAGGGAUCGUGCUUAGGAGACUGAAAAUAUUUUUCCAUAACGCGCGCGAAGGUGUUCAACUUUAAUUGCUUUGAACCCUAGCAAAUACCAAAAGCCGAAUACCGAGCGUAUAUCAAUAAGUCAAUUAUAUGGAGUAACUAAAGGCGACCGCUUCAAUCCGCAUAGUAAUUCAAAAGAUUUGUUAAACAUGUUCUUGCAUAGAAGAAGACCACGGACGCUGGCAAGCAACGUGCGGCGCGUGCUCGGAAGACAUGCACUGUAUGCGUCUGUAUUUCGCGUGGUCGAAAAAUGUGAAACGAGCAGCCACAGUUACGGUUUAUCGGAACUAACACUCAUGUACCAUUUAACUGAUCAAAAAUAGAAUAAAGGCAGUAUUGGAGCAUCAUUAGUGGAUUUUUUCCAUGUCUUGACGUAGACACUUACGGUAAACCUAUAGAGACAAUGGUGUCAUCGAUGCUAAAUAAGAGGAGGAGCAAAAAACAUCUGCAAAGUUAGAAUUCUUUCUACUGUUAAUGCUAUUCUGCCUACCUCUUGGCAAAAUAGCUCUAAGAACGGAGAAAGAUACAUAUUCGAAGAAAGUACGACAUACGCCUGGAGUGUUUUGAAAUAUAAAACAUUAGGGAUAAGCCAAACAGAAACUGAAUCGUAAAAAAAAAUAUGAAAAGCACGAAUCAUAGAAUGGCCAUACACAAACACCUUGGGUAUUUUGAUUUGACAAACAAAUAUAAACAAUUAAGGCCAGCGUUUGUUUCAAAUGUACACCUUGUGUGUAUCAAGUGGCUUUAAUGACACGAACAUGCUUAAUUAGCUACAACAAGAUCUUCAGAAGAAUCUGAUUACAGAUUUUGCAUUAUCGGGGAUACGAGGUGGGUCACGUACGUUAAACUAAAAUUAAGACAAACAGAAUUCAACGGAAUAAGUAAUAGUAACUUUAAAUAUAUUCAAUUUGGUACGCUGCAGAAUCUCUUUUCGUUCGUAGGUGUAAUGGACAUUGUGACCAGUUGAAUCAUAACAUUAGGCUGAUAUCAAGGGGUGGUCGUAAGUGUGAGGUCUUCUCUAACCCAACAAAUGAUUCGAAUAGAUGAGAAAAUGGUGUUAGAUAACGAACGAGUAUCUAAUUCAGCUCACAUUGGGCCACGAUAAUAAGUUAGG